AUGUUUUCUAUCAGUAAAAACCCUAUACACGAAUACUUUACCCGAGAUUUUACCGAAUGGAAUAUUCGAGAAUUUUUAGAAGAAUGUGACGAAGAACCAUUCCGAGUAAAAAUAGAUAUAUAUGUAAAGAGUCUUCAGAAUAUUAUCAACAGUGGUGAGGGAAAAAGACUCGAAAAGGCACAAUAUCUACUAGAUCAAUAUAAAAAGGUUCGAGAACGUAUUAAUUGUAAAAACUUUUCAUCCAAGGGUGUACAACGCGAUCACAAGGUAGCGAAGGGAAAAAAAUCGUUUGCAAAAACAGAUAGAGAACUCAGAAAGAGAAAAAAUGUAAAUUAUGUUGAAAUCUCGGAUUCGACAUCAGAAUCUGAAACAGAAUGCGCGGAGAAAAAGGAAUAUUUCUCUAGAUCGUCAUCAAAUAAAAAUGAUGCGGAAUCCAAUUCCGGCAGUCCUAAGAUAAAUACGGCCAAUUAUGAUAGAUUUGUUGAAUUUAAUGAUAUAUUAAACUCGGGGGAUUCUGGAUCAACUGAAAGUGACGGAAACGAGUCUCCUUGCGAAACAGUAAAGAAAAAUCAAAUGAAUCGAAGAAUAAUUCAGAACACUCCACCAUCACCAUCAUCAUUGAUUUCAAUAAUGAGAAGUAUUAUAAAAAACAAACCACUUCGAAAUUUUUCUAAAAUAGAAAAAGAGUUCGAACCAAAAUUCUGGGCAGAGCUCAUAGCUGACCGACCUGUCACAGCCAAAGCAGAAUUUAUAAAGAAAUUGAAUCCAUUUGUGAUCAUUUAUAUGAAACAACCGAAAAUUUCUGAAUCUCAUAAUAAUUGGAAGAACUUAAGAAAUUUAAAAGCACCAAAAUAUAAUAAUUAUUUUUCGUAUGAAAAGGAAGAGUGGGAGAAGUUUCUGUAUUGGGUAGAACGCGCUGUUGUACCAUUUCUCGAUGCUUUUGAGUCCGAAUACAAUCCUAUACAACAAACCGAUUGUGAGGAAAGGGAGUGGUUUGGGGAUUAUAUCAUUCCUAUAUUUCAGGGAGCUCUAAAAUUGAAUAUCUACUGUGUAAAAAUAAAUCAACAAGAAGUUGUUUGUGGGUUGGGUUGCGGUGGACCUCAUAAAUAUGAUCUUACAAAAUGGGGCUCCGAUGAGUAUCAACUUCAAAGACAUGUUAGAUGA